GUAUAUAUAGUAUAGUAGUUGUAGAUACUGCAGAUUUACCAAGCUUCUAAAUAGAAAAAAGUUCCAAAAACAUUGAAGUUAUUCAAUAAAUUUUUGAAACAAAAGUAUAUAAAGUCAUCAUUUAUAAAUUGAUUGUUAAUUAUAAAUAAAUAAAAUAUAUUAUCAAUAUAUUAUAAUUUAACAAAGCAACAUAACCGUGCAAAGAUUUUUGCAGUAACAUUGAUACAAAAAUUUAUUAAAAAAAUGUUAAUAACGAUUAAUAACCAUGGCAAAUAUGAAAAAAUGUUUUUCUAAUAUGUUCCUAAAUAUUGCCAUUGAUAAUAUUCAGAAACACGCAAUGUUGUAUGGAAUAUCAAGAACACUUUAUACUGAAGGAGCAUUACAUUUAGAUAAAUAUGUUCGCUCAAGAAGAGUAGUAUACGAAAUGUUUCAAAAAUCAAAUUCAACGUUAUUUAAGAUUAAAAUGGGUAAAUUAGUAGCUGAUGAAAAAAGUAUCGUCAAUUUAAAUGAUAUACAUGCUACUUGUUGUAUCAUCACUAAAAACCCAAAAGACAUAAAUUUACUUGAUAAAAUGGUUCAUAAAAUCUCUAAACAAAACAAUUCAACCGAUAGUAAUCAAUUAGCACACCUUGGAUCACAUAUUAUGAUGACUUUACAUCAUGUAAAAGGAACUAAUUUGGCUUUAAAAAUUUCUAUGAAUCCGCAAUAUGAUAAUAUUUUUCAUUUCCCUUUAACACAACUUAUUUUAUUGGAUCUACUAUUUGAAUCUAAAAAAUUCCGAGAAGUUCGACAAGCCUAUGAUAGAAUCAUUGAUUCGAUGGCUGUGAAUUAUUCUUUUACAAAUUCCGUGAGCACGCUUAUUGCAGUAUCAUGUUAUAAAGAGAAUACACAAGAAAGCUUGGAAUAUGGUUUAAAGUUUUAUGAAAAUUUAAUUCAAAAGAAUAUCUCUGUAACCAAAGUAAUUGCAGCAUUAGGAAUAUUAGCAUUAAAUCAAAAAUCUCCUGAAGUUACUCUGAGGUUAAUGGAAUUACAUAAAAUUGUAAACAUAAAUCAUAUAUGUAUAGAAAUUAUGGCUUUGGCUGAUUUAAAUAAAUUAGAUGGUGUUGAAAAACACCUUGAGUUCAUUAAAAAUACUUCGAAUCCAGAAUUACAAUGUUUAUCUGAAGAAAUCGUACCUAAAAUAAAAGAUGCUAUUGAACGCGUUGGUGCUGAUAAUACAUCAAAGAUUUCACAGCUUUUAUGUGACCUAAUCAAUAAUGGUUAUGUUCAAAAAUCGAUAUUUGAUCGUUACUUGUUAUCACCUAUAAAAAAGGAACAAGUAUCAGUUCGUUUUCCUAAAAAUUUUCAACAACUCAAUAGAAUAUAAAAAACAUUUCAAAAGAUUGAAUGAAAUUUUAUGAUUAUAUGGUGUAAAAAUUCUAACAUUUGAAUGCUGACAAGUAUUUCCAUUCACGUGGUAUACUUUGAUAUUUAUACAUACACAUAUGUAUCAAAGAGUCGGUUCGAAAUACAUAUACAUAUGUGUAUAUGUGUAGAAUCGGGUGUAGUGAUUGAAAUAAUUUUAUAAAAAGAUUAAUGGUUAAAGAUUAAUUAGUAGUGGCUAGCAGUCAUGUCGAAUAGAAUAAAAAUGUUUACCAGACUAGGUCUAAGUGUUUUAAACAAUAACAUUAAGAAACCAAUAAUUUCUAGUGG